AUGUCGGGUUUCAAGAGGGCGCCGGUGGCAGGUGGCCGCGCGCCUCGCAAGGACCCUUUGGCAUCGUUGAAGAUGGCUUCGAUGAUGGACACCAAACCUGUAUUGCCAGCAGAGAUAAUCGCCCGUAUCGUCGACUAUCUUGCUGUGCCCGACCUCAUCCGCUUUGCUCGAGUAUCCCGCCGGAUGCAGGAAAUGGUGUACGAUGACACGAGAUGGGUCCAACGAUUACGCAGAAUGGGCUGUUGGAACGAAGUGGAGGCGAGGAACAGAGCCGAGAGUCUUCGAGGCGUGGCACACAAUGUCACAACGCCAACUGCGAAGAGGAAAAGCACGAAUCCCAGCAUGGCAGGCAAUGGUUCAGACCGGCCACCUCCUAGCCCGAAAAUGGUGGAUACGUUGCAGCCGACAGUGAAUGGUACACCCCAGACGGGGCGAAUGCCUCCGUUGAAGAACGUAUCUAGUGUAUCGGAUGGUUUCGACCCAGCUCCCGUCAUGUCCUCGUCAACCUCCAAGCCGGUGGCUGCUGUGGGAGAACAUCCAAACCUUUCAGUGCUGCAGCAUGUACGGUCGGUCCGUGGACAUGCGCGUCAGGAGUAUGGCAAAGUAUUCAGGGUACUAGCCCCAUACUACAACGAUGCAGUUUCGGCGGAGCAUCCCAUGCGUUGCAUGGUUUUCACAUCGCACUCCUCACCUGAGGACCAAGCAUAUAUAUUGACGCAAUUGCAAAGAUUUGCUAAGAGCGACCUAUCUCCAGGUGCAUAUGCAAGGUCAGAACGUUUGACGGAAGUCGUAUCGAUAUUUGAUACGGCAGCGCUGCUGGAAUUUCGCAAGGGAUACGAGGAAGGGGACAUUGAUGGCAAGAUGCGAGAAUUUGCUCAUGUCUUACACAUAUUGAAUGGCGGUCAAAGCAAUGUCGAGCUCUAUGUUCAUGACAAUCGCCUUGCCCUGAAUAAGGACAAAUUGGGCAGUCCGGGUGAUUGCAUUGAUUAUGCAUCAGGCCACGGCCAGCUUUCUCUUGAACGGACUCAGCAAUUCUUUGAUCGAUUGCAAACCGCCUACUCGGCAGAAUACGCAGUUCUAGAGCGUGUUUUCCCGUCGCCUAGUAUCGUGGUUCCAAAAUUACUUGAGCACAUAGGACAGGUUGUACUCUCUCCCUAUUUGACGGCUUUGUUCGAUGAAGCACAUAGUCGUGGCAUGGAAGUUUACCUCAUGACUGUCUCUGGGACUUUUGCUCAGACGCAGAAUCUGCUCUCGGAACUACCAAAACCGGAAGGUGGAUACGAGGAGUACCAAAUCGUCACCAGCAAGGUCACCUCCGAUGUGUUCGAACCUCACCUUGAUCUAUAUCUUGCUGAAGAACUGGCCUUCUUCAAGCAGACAUCCGAGGCAGAAGUCGAGCAAUGGGAUCGAGCACUGUCGGAACAAGCAGCAUCGACGGAGACGUUCUUGAUGUCAAAUAUCAAUCGUCAGGCUGAUAAGAAGGACUUCAUGUCGUCCUUCAAGAAGGUUGUCAUGAUGCCUGUGAACAUUCUUCCCAGCUUUCCAGCGCUCUCUAGCAGCAAGUCAACAGCUAGACCAUUGGUCAACGGUGAGAACACGAACACUCAAAAGCACGACAGCCGAUCAUCUACCCCAGCCCCUAGCAUUGACCCAGUCUCAUCGAAUCCAUUGCGGUCAGUCACACCCCUCCCGGUCGAAGCUCCAACCACGGAACUAGCUGCCAAAGUCGCCCUUAUGACUUCGAAACUCGAAAACAUUCGAUCCCUCUUCUCCAUUGAAGUAGCGCUCAGUCUGGUCCACCGCGCCAAAGCCUCCCUGGAGCGUGCCGCUCAAUUCAGACAGCUAGAUGGUGCACCCGGUCAAGCCGCAAAACAACAAUGCUCCGCAAUCUACCUAACACUCCUUCAAAUCCUCGGCACUCGUCACGUCAAGGCCGGCUUCGACAAAGCCGUCAACCAUCUAAGUGACUACAAUCCCCGGCAAGCCGGCGCCGACACGUCCACCGAACCAGGCCAAGGCGUCGCCCCCUUAACCACCUUCCUUGAGCUCGUCAACGUUGGCGACCUAAUCCAACAAAUGCUCGACGUAUUCUUCGAAUCGGAAGUAAUCCGCCUCGGCAUCGCCAACCGUGACGACUUCUUCGACCCGGCCGUCAAAGAAAAGAAGAAAUUUGAACAAAUGCUCGAUGAACGCGUGGCGGCAGGCCUAGGGAAGGGGAUCGACGUGUUAAUGGACGAAGUCGAAUACAUCUGCGCCACCACUCAGCAACCAUCAGAUUUCAACCCGGAUGCAAACAAGCCGAAUUUCGACAUUGGCCCUACACCUACCGCCAAGAAAGUGAUCGAGCUGGUGGGCACACAUACCUCCAUGCUCCACGGCAGCACCGACAAGACUCUCCUGGACGUCUUCAGCAGCGAAGUCGGCCUCCGCCUCUUCACCACCCUGACCAAGCACCUCAAGCGCCAACGCAUCUCGACCACGGGCGCCCUACCCCUGCUCUCCGACCUCUCCGCCUACGCAUCCUACAUCUCCACCUUCCGCAAUAACGACCUCAACUCGUACUUCACGGCGCUCCGCGAGGUCGGCCAGCUUUAUCUGAUCGAGGGGGGUGAUGGGGCGGAGGAGAUGGCGGGCAUCAUCGCCGAUGCGGAGAGGUAUCGAGGCGUGUUCACGGUGGAGGAGGUGUUGGAGUUCGCGGAGCGGAGGCGUGAUUGGUUGCUCGUCAAGGGGAGGGUCGAGGGCGCAAUGUAUGGCAGGGGGUGUGUUGUCAUGUAG